AUGAGCAGACCUCCGACUUCGACAUCGGCGUCCAGCGCCCGCCGGCACUCGGCCUCCGCCGGCCAUGGAGGCGCGGCAGACGAUGACCUCGCGCGCAUGGGCUACAAGGCCGAGCUGCCCCGCUCGCUGUCGAUGUUGUCGGUGCUGGGCCUCAGCUUCGCCAUCAUGGCCGUGCCCUACGGCCUGUCCACCACCUUCCUCUACUCGCUCGCCAACGGCCAGUCUGUCACCGUGCUGUGGGGUUGGGUCAUGCUGUCGCUCAUCAGCAUCUGCAUUGCCGCGUCCCUCGCAGAGAUCUGCAGCGUGUACCCGACUGCCGGAGGCGUCUACUAUUGGGCCGCUCUGCUGUCUACACCCGAAUGGGCGCCUAUAGCAUCCUGGAUCACUGGCUGGCUCACCCUGGUCGGAAACUGGACCGUAACACUCUCCAUCAACUUCGGCGGCGCACAGCUCAUCCUCAGCUGCAUCACCCUCUGGCGCGAGGACUUUGUCGCCACUGCGUGGCAGACGGUCCUCAUGUUCUGGGCCGUCAUGCUGGUCACAUACCUCGUCAACGUCUUCGGCAGCCGAUAUCUCGACCAGAUCAACACAUUGUGCAUCUGGUGGACCGGCGCCUCGGUCAUCAUCAUCCUCGUCGUGCUGCUGGCCAUGGCCCGCGGCGGCCGGCGCAGCGGCGAGUUCGUCUUUGCCCACUUUGACGCCUCCGGCUCCGGCUGGGCCCCCGGAUGGUCCUUCUUCGUCGGCCUGCUGCAGCCCGCGUAUGUGCUGACCGGCUACGGCAUGGUAGCCGCCAUGUGCGAGGAGGUCCAGAGCCCCGAGCGCGAGGUCCCCAAGGCCAUCGUGCUCUCCGUCGUCGCCGCCGGCGUCACCGGACUACUGUACCUCAUCCCCGUGCUCUUCGUCCUGCCCGACGUCCAGGAGCUGCUCGCCGUCGCCAACGGCCAGCCGGUCGGCCUCAUCUUCAAGACCGCUACCGGUAGCGCCGGCGGUGGCUUCGGCCUCCUGUUUCUCAUCCUCGGCAUCUGGUUGUUCGCCGGCAUUGGUGCCCUCACCGCCUCCAGCAGGUGCACCUACGCCUUCGCCCGUGACGGUGCCAUUCCCGGUUCUGGCCUGUGGAGCCGCAUCGACAAGCGCUUCGACAUUCCUCUCUGGGGCCUGACCCUGUCCUUCCUGGUUGACUGCUUGCUGGGUCUCAUCUACUUUGGCUCCGCGGCUGCAUUCAACAGCUUCACGGGCGUGGCUACCAUCUGCCUCUGCGCAUCCUAUGCGCUGCCCAUCCUUGUCUCUGUCAUGAGGGGCCGCAAGGCCGUGGCAUACGCAUCGUACUCGCUCGGAAAGCUUGGCUACGCUAUUAACAUUGUCACACUGUGCUGGGUCGCGCUGUCUAUUGUCAUCUUCUGCAUGCCAUCCGUGCUCACUGACCUGACUGCCUCUACGAUGAACUACGCCAGUGUUGUGUUUGCCGGGUUUGCUGCUAUCAGUCUGGUGUGGUAUUUCGUGUGGGGCAGGAAGCACUUUGCUGGCCCUCCGAUCCUGAAGUCCGAACUGGCUGGCAAUGGCGUGGGUGUUGUGGUGCAUGGCCGGGAUAUUGAGACCGCUGCCAAGGGCGACCAUAGUAAGCUAGAUGACGCUGAGAAGUCUACUUAG